CCAAUGGAAGAUGAGCGUCCUAUCUCGGCUGGCCAAUGGGAGCUGAAACUUGCCAGCCUCUUCCGGGGCGGGAGCUGAAACUGCCGGGGAAAGACGACCAUGGCCUGUGGUGCUCUGGCAGAGGAGCUGGAUGCUGUGCUGAGCGGGAGGGGUUGGGAGGUGCAGGAGAGGUACGACUCUGCCCCUGUGUCCCUGCACCCUGUCAGAGUGCGGAAGACCGCCUGCUACAUCGUCUUGGCUGUCCUGCUCAAUGACCAGAACGAGGUGCUGAUGAUGCAGGAGGCCAAGCACGAGUGCUAUGGGACGUGGUACCUGCCUGCCGGGAGGAUGGAGCCCAAUGAGACCAUCCUGGAGGCCAUGAAGAGGGAGGUGAAGGAGGAGACAGGGCUGGAGUGUGAGCCCCUCACUCUGCUGGCAGUAGAAGAGAGAGGCCCCAUCUGGAUUCGCUUUGUCUUCCUCGCUCGGCCAACUGGUGGGACCUUGAAGGCACCCCAGGAUGCAGAUGCUGAAUCCCUCCAAGCCAGGUGGUGGGACAGAGAAUCUCCUGUCCUUCCUCUGCGAGCCCGGGACAUCCUGCCCCUUAUGGACCUUGCUGUGCGAUAUCGAGACAGCCCAUCCCACCCAAUGACCUUGCCGGAGGAGAUGCCCUGUGCCUUGAUCUGCCAGAGGCUCCUGGCUACGUUCACCAAUGGUGCCGGUGACUUGUGGGUGCUACUGAGUGCUGUAGGGGCCCCGCACCUGCCGGUGUCUGCCCGCACCACCUCCCCCUGCAAAAUCCAAAACAGCAUCCAGGCGGCAGCAUGCAGGCUGCUGAAGGAAUGCUGCCUGCUACCUGAAGUGACUGUCCGGGCCCACGGGGUCCUGGGGCUGCAGCACCUGGGCAAGAAUGCAGGGAAAUCUGACGGCGUUUGCUUCAACGUGCUGCUGACGGUUACGCAGGGUGGCCAGAGCACCCAGGAGACACCACCAGAGCUGCAUGGUGAGAGCUUCCAGUGGUGGAAGAUCGAAGAGAGCAGCUUGAGAAGCAGAAUCCUCCAGCGGCUCAGCUCAUCAUCUGUUGUUCCAAUUCACAGCUACUGACACAGGUCCCAUUGAAGCUUGGAUUCAGCGACCUCUCCCUAGGCCUGGGACACGCUCCACCCUGUUACGUCCAUUGGCUGUCCCCACGCAGCCAUCCUGAGGAUGAUGCAUGGCUUCCCCGCAGGGCACGUCCUACCCAGUCGCUGCCACCCGCAGACCUAUUUCCCCUGCACGGUUAUGGAAGGGUGAGUGGAACCCCCUCACUACAUCAAGCUGAGGGGGGCACGCAGCACCACCAUGGGGGGGUGACUUUUCGGGACUUGACCUGAAGUGACCUUUGGGCAGACUGCAACUCCUAAAGCUGAAGUUCCAGCGUCCGGGGCUCUUCCCUUCCAUGGUACCGCAUGUCCCCGAUGCGGGAUGCAGAGAGCUGGCCAAGGCAGCUUGUUUACAGCUGGAGCCUGGAAAUAAAAAGGGCCGUUUCUCUGUAGUGUUGAAUGUUGUUCCUUGCUGGGAUUAAAGCAGGGCUCUGUUUGGAAGCAUAAUGCAAAGUUUAUUAGACAUGGCAAAUGUGAUGUGGAGAAUGAGUCAGUCAGGCCCGCUGGGCUCGGUUGGAAGGCAGCAGCGCAUUCCUGUUUCUUUUGCUCCCUGCUCUGGGGAUGGGGCUAAGAACACGGUGCCCUCCCAUGCAAAGUACUUUCCGUACAGCCAAGCCUCAUACCCCAGGAAGGCUGAUAGUUCCCCCAACCAAAACAUGGGAAUGCUAAGGCACAAAGAAGGAAGUGACUUGCUUAAACUCUCACAGCUGGUCAGUGGCAGAGCUGGGAAUACAACUCAGGAGUUCCACCUCUUGGUCCUGGGUGUGGAACUGUUCUGACCUGGAUGGAGCCUGAAGUUUGCUGGACUCUGUAGAGCUUUUAGCUUCACAGCUGGGCAAGCUGCUCUCAUUUUUUUAAAAGGGAACCAGAGGCCUCCCUCUGCUGCUGGCCUGAAAGGGGGUUGGACUGUCACGUUUCACAUGAAACAAGCUAUUGGCAGUGGGAGCAGCCCUAUGUAUGCAGGAGCAAAUGUUCCAGCAGCUCUAUGGUCAGCUUGAGGUUUUGCUCAGAAACGUAGAGUACAUGUCUUUGUAAAGCUCUAGAGGAGCCCUCGUGCCGCAGGGGACAGCAGGUUCUGCUGGUCUCCAAAACAUGCCUUGAAAGCCAUAGUCCUGGUUCCACCUCCUGCCUGAGCCCUGCUGCGACACUGAGAACCACACUCUGCCUAGCAACAUAGGAGUGGUUAGCUUUCUCACCCCAAACUCCCAUUCAGCCACAGAAAGCACAGGGCCUUUCAGCUGCCUUGGCAGUUCCACAGGGGAGGGAGACAUACUGACUGAUCAUGCCCCAGUCAGUGCCUGUGAUCCAUGUGCUUUCUCUGCCGUUGCAGCAGGGAUGCUUCCUCCUUUUCCAGAGCAGGCUCCAGAAUAGAGCCGGGCAAAUCGAUUGGUUCAAUUCACUCUGACAAAUUGUUUCAGCUUGAACCAAAAAUGAAAUCUUUGACAAAUUGAAAAUGAAACCAAUGCGGGGUCGGAUGAAAAUUUUUAUUUUUGAGCCUUUGUUUUGUUAAAUUGUAAAAAUUUAAUGGAAAUUUCAAAAUGAAAAGUUGUUUCAAAUCAAUGUUUUAAAAUCCCCCAAAAUUUGAAAUUUUUUUUUCAACUGAAGCAAUUUGGUGAAAUCAACACAAAUUCACUGAAUCUGCAUUUCCCCCCCCCCCAUCUAAAGUCCUGGUUGAAAGAUUUCGCCCAGCUCUACAUAGCACAGGCUAGAGUCCUGAGGGUCGUUGCUGAGCAGGCUCAUGCAUUUCUCCUCCUCCUGUGCUGUUCUUGACUCCCUUGCAGUGUUGUUUACUGUGAAAUUUCUGAGCAAGUGGUUUCACUGACCCAGAGUUUUGUGCCUGAUGCCAAAACUUAUAUUAAGCCUGCAAGCUAAACAACGUGUUAUCAUGUUGUGAGAAUGCUAGGCACGGCGAAUGCGCGUCACAGGACUCUGGAAUGGAUAACUGGGUAGGAUGGCAGGAGAGAAAGGAGACUGCUUUUCAAAGGGAAAUCACUGUGGCUGGGAGCUGCUGGCUCAAUCUGCACCCUUGAAAACCAGGCCACAUAGGUAGGUGUCUGAACAUGGAGUUAGGUCCCCUGUUUCCAAAAAUCUCAGUUGCUGUGUUCCAGAUGCAGCUCCAAUUGGACUCCAUUCCAAAGUUGAGAGGGAAAUGGGCUGACAUGUAAAGUGUGCAGGCCGAGGCACCCAGUGAUGUGUGGAUGGCCAGUCUGAGCCACGUUAGAGGGGCCUGAUUUUUUUCAGAGGGCAGCUGCUUGGCCCUUCCUGAAGGUCAGGGUUCUUCUUUAAGGGGUGUGGGCACCCCAAGUCACU